AUGGCUCCCAUGCGACCGCUAUCUCAGGCGUUGGGUCUUCGGCUACCAGGCGCUCGCAACGUUUCAACCCAGGCCUCACCAAAGGGACCCCUCUCUGGCAUCACUGUGGUCAGCCUUGAACAGGCUAUUGCAGCUCCAUUCUGUACGCGGCAGCUGGCGGAUCUGGGGGCUCGCGUUAUCAAAAUCGAGCGGCCUGGUGUUGGAGACUUUGCACGUAAUUACGACACUCGGGUCAACGGUCUUGCAUCGCAUUUCGUCUGGACAAAUCGGUCGAAGGAAAGUCUCGCACUAGACCUUAAGAAGCCGCGCGAUCAUGGGGUCCUAAUGCGCCUGCUCGGUAAAGCAGAUGUCCUAGUUCAGAACUUGGCUCCCGGAGCCAGUGCACGACUAGGACUGUCGCAUGAAGAGCUUAAGAUAAAGCACCCCUCACUGAUUGUGUGCAAUAUCUCUGGGUACGGACCAGAUGGCCCCUAUCGUGAUAAGAAGGCCUAUGACUUGCUUAUCCAGAGCGAGGCAGGCAUGCUCUCUGUUACAGGGACCGCUCAAGAGCCCGCUAAAGUAGGCAUUUCCAUCGCGGACAUUUCUGCUGGAAGCUACGCGUACUCUAACAUUUUGGCGGCUAUCAUUCAAAGGGGAAAUGACCCCGAGAAACGUGGGUGUAAUAUCGAUAUCUCCAUGUUGGAGAGCAUGGUCGAAUGGAUGAGUUUUCCGCUGUACUAUACCUACCAGAACGCACCAAGACCGACCCCCACAGGAGCCACACACGCUGCAGUCUACCCCUAUGGGCCGUUUGAAACAGGGGAUGGAAAAUCAGUCAUGCUUGGAAUUCAGAAUGAACGGGAAUGGGUCAAUUUCUGUGAGAAGGUUUUGUCUCUGCCUGACUUGGCGGCGGAUGAACGGUUUGUCAACAACUCCCUUCGAUCGCAGAACCGUGAUGCACUUAAGGAAAUUAUUUGCGAGGCGUUCUCGUCUUUAACAGCGGAGAAAGUGGUUACCCUCUUGGAUGAGGCCGCUAUUGCCAAUGGUAAUGUCAACGACAUGCAGGGUGUUUGGGAACAUCCACAGCUGAAAGCGCGUGGUCGGUGGACUGAGGUUUCCACCCCGGCUGGGACGGUUCCAGCCUUGCUGCCACCGGGAUUAACGCAAGGCGAUCCUGGCAGAUUCUCGGCUAGAAUGGACGCAGUUCCGGAUGUUGGAGAACAUAAUGCGGCGAUCCUGGCGGAGUUGGGGAUUGAUGAUGCGGGGAAGGAUUCAUAA